GCCUUUAUAUGUUUAAAUCAAAGAUACAUUUGAUACCACAAUUAAAUGUUUUUAUAUGAAUCUCCUCACAUUCUAAAAAUAUUAUUUUGUUCUUAUUUCCUUUAUUUGGACAGAGGCUCUUCAAAGGUAGACGAGGCCAUGGAUCUUUACCAGCAAGCAGCUAACAAAUUCAAGAUGGCCAAGAAAUGGGGAUCGGCCGGCCAUGCCUUCACAGAGCUCGCUUCCCUCCAUGCGAAAGCUGGAUCGCGCCUUGACGCAGCUACCAAUUACGUGGAGGCCGGGAACUGCUAUAAGAAGACGGACCCCAAUGAGUCUGUCAACAGCCUGCUAAAAGCAAUCGAAAUCUACACUGACAUGGGCAAAUUCACUAUGGCUGCUAAACACCACCAGUCUAUUGCUGAGAUCUUUGAGACAGAGGUAGCAGACAUGGAAAAGGCCAUCCAGCACUACGAGCAGGCUUCUGAUUACUUCCGUGGUGAAGAGAACAACUCUUCAGCUAACAAGUGUCUGCUUAAGGUGGCUAUGUUUGCUGCACAGAUGGAGAACUAUGAGAAGGCAAUUCAGAUAUAUGAACAGGUGGCUGCUAGUUCCCUAGAAAGCUCCUUACUCAAAUACAGUGCCAAGGAAUACAUGUUCCGAGCAGCACUGUGCCACUUGUGUGUCGACUUGACCAAUUCAAAGAUUGCCGUGGAGAAGUAUGAAGAGAUGUAUCCAGCGUUCCAGGACUCCCGCGAGUGCAAACUGCUCAAGGCCCUUAUGAAUCACCUGGAGGACCAGAACGUGGAUGCUUUCACUGACACAGUUAAAGAAUACGACUCCAUCUCCCGCCUUGACCAGUGGUACACAACCAUGCUCCUCCGAAUUAAGAAAUCAAUCGCUGCUGAGGACCUCUGUUGAGGGGCGUAAGAGAGGUGUUGAGGGAAUGAGGUAUUCUAAGGGACAAUGGUUGAGUGAUAGCUACUAGGAUGAUGCUAAUGUAGCGCUACUAGUGUGCGACGAAAAAUGAUACGAAGAGUUAUUUAUACUGUUGAUGAUGUUUAAUAGAAUUUUUUUUUCCCCCUAUGUCUCUUUUUUUCCUCCAUCUUUUCUCAUUUGUGCUCUUAUUGUGUCUCUUUUCUCCUCAUCUCUGUCUGUGGAAGUCUUAACUGGUGUAUCUGUCAAGAUGUAAAGUUUCUUGUCAUUUGUUUUCUACUUGUCUGUCCAAAAGAAAAUGCUUAGUGUAUGUGCAGCAACUUCUUUCUCUCUCAUUGUUUCUAGGUGCAUGGAAGUGUCUUUUUCCAUUAUCAGUCUAUUAUAAGGCAAUUAUUUACUAUUUUAUAUAUUUUAAGUUUAUGAUAUACAUUUGUAGAACACAAAGUUUUCAGCUUUGUGGUAGAAAUAUUGAGAUAUGUGACAAGACUGAUAGAUAUGCCAAGUCUUCUGAGUUGUGAAGCUAUAGGGUUAUAGUAUCAUCAUCCUAAUAGAGCUUCAUAGUAACUCCUGUGUAUAGUGUAGUUACCAUGAAUAUCAUGUCCCCCAGAAAUAUAAUGUAAUUUAUACACUUUUAUUAUAUAUUUUCCUUGUUUUUAUUCAGAUCAUUCUACUUAGUUUCAAGUGUGCUCUAUCCCAAGGAUAAGGAUAAGACUGUAUAAAUGUAGUGUAAUGAAUAAUAAUGAAAUUCAUUUGCGAGAUGACUUGUCAAGGGCAAGUCUUGUGUGAGUGGCAUAUGUGGCCAUAUGGUAUUAAUUACAUCUUUAUAUUUUUUGUUUUGAUUAAGUUAGAAGGGAAAGAGCAUUUGAUAGUUUGAGCUUACCUUUGAUUAUAUUUUUGAAAUUUCUAAGUAAGAAAAAAAAAAAAAAGAAAAAAUGAAAGAAUAUGUGAGUAUUUUUUCCACUCUCCCUUUUUUUAUCCUUAAUUUGCUUUUACUCGAAAGUCAAAUGUGGAUUCAUAAUUCAGUAACAUCCUUUUAUCAGAUUUAUUUUGCAUUUGUUGAUUUUUUUUUUCCUUUUUUACAGUGCAGUUGCAUGUUUGAGAAUAUUACUAUUUAACUAAAAGUAAUGCUUUGAACUGCAUGUUUGUGUAUUCCUUAGAAGUUCUAUGCUGAAUUUUGUAGGGUACCUGACAUAUUAAUUUUCAGAUUCUUAAAAAGCAAAUCUGUGGCACAAGGUGCUUGUGCUGUAAAGUUUAUUAGCUUUAAAUAUACAUUUUCGAAAAGGCUUUGUCAUUAGGAAAUGAAUUACGUUAUUUUGGAGCUGUUUACCCUCACAACCCUGUUGAAGCAAAACCUUUGAUUUUGUAUAUUUACUGUAUUUUGUAGGCAAAUAAUUAUUUCUGUGUAUUAAAGUAGUCAGAUAUUGUUUUUCUGUAAUAUUCAUGGAAGUGGAUUAUUGCAUAGACCAGUUAAGUAUGUUCAGAAUGGCUUCACAUUCCUGUAAUAAAAGAGUUUAAAAAGGGUGUUACUUUUGAGUUGAAUUUUGAUGUUAAAACUUCAGAGUAUUAUACCUCUUUAAUUUAUUAUGUUUUAUAAAUUUAUGUUAUCGAUUGAUUGUGUGGAAUAAAUUAUUUCUAUUUUA